UAAUCCGCCUUCUUUUUUCACCAACAAUUUGCCAUUGGCAGACUUCGCCAUUUAUGUUUGGCGAGCGUGUGUUGGGAACUGGAGGACUUGUGGCCAGUCGUUUCGCCUGGUAUGUGCUAGGUGUCCCAAUGGUAUCUCCUAUAGCUUCAGUUACGCUUUUUGCGGCAUUAUUUUUUGAUUAUUUUUCCGCCGUCAUCCAAUUUCGUCGUAAGCUCCCAAUUACGUCGCGUAUUUCUUCCAAUUCCGAUACCCCGUCUCUUAUGUCCACGCAGACGUUCUUCUGCUUUUGUAAUGCAAGCUUCAUUUUCACAUUUCGUAAGUGAUUCUUCUUCGGGGGAUCUCCGUUUUUGUAUGCACUCCUGAUUUGGACAUUCGCUGCGGGGGAGGUGGAAAAGGAUCUCGGUAUAGAAGAGACCUUGGAAGCUUCUCCGAGAAGGUACUGAAGAUGUUUAAGGUCCUUCAGAUAAAUCUCCACCAGAGUAAGAACGCCUCAGCCGACCUCCUGCUCAACAUAGAGGGAGUCGGCUACGAUGUGGCUCUAGUCCAGAAUCCAUGGAUAGCAUCGGGCACCAUAGUCUCCGGUCUAAAGUCACACAACUACAACACCUACAUCCCGAUUGCAAAGAAUUAGACUAUCUGACAGUGGUGGCGCUACAGGGCUGCAAAGAUGAGACGUUACUCUUUGGGUCUUGUUAUAUGCUACAUGCGCCACAAAUAGAGCGUCGGAAGCUGGCAGAAAUAUCUGCCAGAAAAAAGCAUGCUCUGGUGGUAGGAACUGACGCCAACGCACAUCACACGGUCUGGGGUAGCGCAGACAAAGACGACCGAGGAAGGUGUAUACGUCGCAACCACUGUCCCAAAUACAAAUGCCGCUCGUUUUCUUUGUGCAAGUGACAAGCUGGUCGAGAUCGAUGGGCAUGACUUAACUAAUCUAAACGUUUUUGAUGCUAAAUCGAUUAUUUCAAGAUCUGGCCAUACGAUGCAUAUAAUGCUAUCACGCAAAUAAACUAGACUUAGAUAUACACAUAUUUCUCGUUUACUGCAAUACUGUAAUAGAUAAAAAACAGUUAAACAUUUAUAUAUGUUACAUUGUGUAAAUAGCUGUUAGUAUUUUAUUAAAAUAUGUAUAUAUGUAGGUCUUAUGCCAAUUUGAGAAUUUGAGAAUAUGUCCAACAAGUCUGGAUAAGUGCGCUUCCCAUCGAGCAAAUAUGUAAAUAUAAAAACAGGAGUAAUUUACUUUUUCUAUAAUUGAUUUAAUCAACUUAUAAUUUGCACUGUUUCAUGCCAUUAUUCUCUCACACUGAAAAUUUAUUUUGUUUAAUUUUGAUCCAGAAAAUUGUUUUUUCGUGCACGUAUCCGGUUCUUUUCACCAACUUUUUAUAAAUAUUGUGCUGCACAAGAGUAAGAGUAUGCGCAAUAAAAGAAGUGCUACAUAUUAAAAAUUUAAUUAAUUAAUAAUAUUUUUAUAAAAAUUUAUUUUAUACAAAAUAAAAAAAAAUUAAACAAAUUUUCAGCAAAAUUUCAAAUUUUUUAAUGAGUUUUUAGAAAAUUUUUUAUUAAUUUUUUACAAUUUAUUAUCGCGGCGGUAUUAUGUAUAUAAUAUAAAAAAAUGUAGUUUUAUGGAAGAUAAUGCUUAACACUAUCAACGAAAAAAAAAAUUAAAAAUCAACACGAAUUUUGAGACACUUUAGACUGGCACAAUU